CCCCUCCCCCACCCCACCCCACUCCACGCCACGCAGCCACCCCCUUCGAUUUUUUUGCUGUUGUUUCUUCUCGCCCCGAUCCAGCCACCGGGGGGACCCCUGCACGCCGCCCGCUGCUCCCACGGCCGACACCACGCGAGGAUUUCUCGGCUGGACCGCGCGCGUGGAAAAGUCCACUUGUGCCCCUUUCAUCUCUUGAGCGUGUCUUCUUCCAAUGCCGCAGACACACGCGUGGGGCAUGCUCUGCACCUGACAGGCCCCCCCCCCCACCACCGCCACCAACAACAACAAGCCACCCCCUUUUUGUAAUUGUUCUUUUUUCUUUUUCUACACGGACGAAUUCUUUCUCUUUCUUUCUCUUUCUUUCUUUUUGUAAGAGCUGAGAAGUUGCUGCGCACUCCACGGCGGCCCACGCGGACUCUAUAGCGACCACGCGGACUGCUCGCUGCUCCCGCGUUUGCUUGUUUUUUUGUCGGUUUUUCGUUGUGAAAUUCUUAGUAGUUUAGUUGAUUUGUUUUCUCCCUUUGACGCUGCCGCACCAUCGAGGCGAGACGGCGACCUCAGUCGAUUACCUUUCUUUGCUCUGCUAUCCGAUGGAUAUCCACUGCAAGGCAGAUCCCUUCUCCGCCAUGCACCGGCACGGCGGCGUGAACCAGCUCGGCGGGGUGUUCGUCAACGGAAGACCCCUCCCGGACGUGGUGCGCCAGCGGAUCGUGGAGCUGGCCCACCAAGGGGUCCGGCCCUGUGACAUCUCCAGACAGCUACGGGUCAGUCACGGCUGCGUCAGCAAAAUCCUCGGCAGGUACUACGAAACGGGCAGUAUCAAACCGGGGGUGAUCGGGGGGUCCAAACCGAAGGUGGCGACCCCGAAAGUGGUCGACAAGAUCGCCGAGUACAAGCGCCAGAACCCGACCAUGUUCGCCUGGGAGAUCCGGGACCGGCUGCUGGCCGAGGGCGUGUGCGACAACGACACCGUGCCCAGCGUUUCGUCCAUCAACAGGAUUAUCCGCACCAAAGUCCAGCAGCAGUUCCACCCGUCCCCCGACGGAUCCGUCACGCCGCUCUCCACGCAGGGACACACCAUAGUCCCCAGCACAGCCUCCCCGCCUGUGACCAGCGCCUCCAACGACCCCGUAGGAUCCUACUCCAUCAACGGCAUCCUGGGAAUCCCCCGCUCCAACGGCGAGAAAAGGAAACGAGACGAAGUUCUCUGGACUGGCAACCACUUGGACGGAAGGAAAAUAGGACAUUGCGGUUCUGACGGCUCAGGCCCGGGCAGCGACUCUCAGGGCAGCGUGGAGAGUUUAAGGAAGCACCUGCGAGCGGACGCGUUCACCCAGCAGCAGUUGGAGGCCCUGGACCGCGUGUUCGAACGCCCGUCCUAUCCGGAUGUCUUCCCUACUUCCGAACACAUCAAACCCGAGCAGGCCAACGAGUACUCCCUCCCGUCCCUGAACAGCGGCCUGGAAGACGUGAAGCCGAGCCUCUCCGGCAGCGGCGGCUCCGACCUCGCCUCCGGCGUCUCUCAGAGCUACUCGGUUGUGACAGGUCGCGACAUGGCGAGCACCACUUUACCAGGCUACCCGCCUCACGUCCCGCCAACGGGACAAGGCAGCUACCCCACCUCGACACUCGCUGGAAUGGUUCCAGGAGGGGACUUUUCUGGAAACCCUUAUUCUCAUCCACAGUACACUACUUAUAAUGAAGCAUGGAGGUUCAGCAAUCCAGCAUUACUAAGUUCCCCUUAUUAUUAUAGCGCCGCAUCCCGUGGCUCCGCACCUCCCACCGCUGCCGCUGCCUACGACCGCCACUAGUUACCACGGAGACCAGCUCAAACUGCAGCGCCACGGCUUCGGCCUCCGUAUUGUCCCCGUCUGAGAAAGCACUGAGGUCAAAGGGAAUUGUGAGGAGGAGAUCCUAAAGGUCGCGCGGACUAGAGGAAGGAUCGGCAAGGUGGAUGCCAAUGCGUCAGCGUUACACACUUCGGGCCGUAAGAGUCACCGCAACCAUCCCGGCCGGCCUCACCGCCCCACAGCCCUGAACAUUUCCGGAAGGACUUUGAAGAGAUUAUAUAAAUAUAUAUAUUAUGAAAUUAUAUAAAUUGAAGACGCGUGAAGAUUCCAUGUGGGAAACAAAACAUCUUGUGGGAUUUUAUUUUGCCUCUUAGUUGCUGUUGUUGGUGUUGUUCUUUUACUCACGCAUCCUCACGUUCCUCACCAUGAAUUGCAGUAUUUUGCAGCUUUUAAAGUCCCUGUAAAGUGAAUUCCGACUUGUACUAAAUACAUUACACAGCAAUUUCCACCAUUUCAGUUUUCCUGAUUUUUUGUGUCCAGUGGCACCCCUUGGCGUCCCGCACGAGUCCACUCCUCACCCACUAGAUAAGAACCACAUCACUGGUUAUCUGGCGCAGUCGUGACUAACUUGGUGACUAAUACUGGACCCAUUUUUACCACUACAACUAGCUAGCCAGCUAUGCCCACACCGCCAAAAUGCAUCUUCUCAAGAUGCCACAAUUUACAUAACAGUUUAGUGCGUCGUUUAAAGUCCCGAGCCGGGAGGUGACACCGGGAUGAGCCCGGUGCCCGUCCGCCGGCCGAGAGGAGGGACCCCAGUUAGCCCGCUGGUGGCUGGGACCCGGUGGGAUGUAUUCCAGUCACCGCAGGCUUUUUGCAGCUCAAACGUGUAGAGAUGUGUAGGUAAAGUAGCAUCCAUUUUUCAGGUCACAGUCGCGGUAUUUGAUUGGAGAUCAAACGAUUUCAAAGCCUCAAUUCAUACACUCAUCACUCAAAACGUGGCAGGGUUGUUAACAACACUCUUCUUUGUGGUGUGUCAAAUUUAGAAGACAGUUCUUUUCACUUAACAAGGACUUUAAUAAGAGACAAAUGCUUUCAUAGCUUGAUGGCAAAGAGAAUUGUGUUGAGAGGCCCCCGUUUGACGUUAAUUAUCGGCCGGGCUCCGUGUCGUAGGGACGCCCCGACAUUUCCUGUUUGCCGAGCCCACAAAGAAAUGGCAGUGUCAUGUGGCAAACAAUCAGAUGUAAAUUGUUUUUCAAAAUAAACAUGUCGACUUGUAAUUUUAAAUAUGUUAAAUUAUUUUUUUCUGUCACAAAUUGUAAUGUAAACAAAAAAAAGAAUGCACGGACUUUUGAGCGUAGUUGUCACACAUAAUAUCCCAGUUCUGUCCACGAACAUCCUUUGCUCCUUUUUGUGCACUAUUACCGACUUGGUUUCUUUUCCAAAGGAUUUUUGGAAUCUUUUGAAUUUGUGGUGUGCAUCGACAUCGGUCGAAGUCAGUGGACUUUGUAAGCCAUGGCUCCUUGGCGCCACUAGAAAUUCCUAUUCAGCUACUUGGUCAUACCGCUAGAUGCCUGCAGUUGAGCAUACCGACUGUAAAUUAGCUUCAACGUAUGCCUUAGAAAGCGAAUUGUGACAUUCUUCAGUGACAUUCAAGACGUACACGCCGCCAUCCUUUGCCUCGCAUUUAACUCUCGCUGUGGACUGAAAGAAAAUACUGGUUGUUUUUCCUUUCGACCAUUUUGUGAAUGUACUUUAACUACAUUUGCCAAAGACUUGGUUUGAUAUUUCAUAUUUUAUUUACAGUGUACGUGUGCAUAAAUGAAGCAGUAUUAUCUUCGAAAACAAGUCAAACAUAACGUCGCCGACAACGAACAAGGUGACAUCCGGCGAUAAUUGUGUAGAACGAUUUGUGAAUAUUGUGAAGACAAUUCUUCUUUGUAAAUACUGUCGUAGUAUCACACUACUGGAGCGGCUCCCUUUGUAGAUAAGCAGAGCGAUGCAUUUACACGUGUGUCUCAAUUGUCAUGUUGUGCUGUAGAGGACGGCGCAACGGCUACGUGCUGUCUGUAGCAGGCUAACGUCGCAAAACUCUAGGCUGUCCUUGUCAUUUUCUGUCCAUGAUAAUGCCAUGAUGAUGUUUUAUGUCACUAUGCAACAAGUUCAAUGGCUUUUCUGUAUCAUCCUUUGUCGGUGGGCCUCGAACUAACGCUUCUAUGGGGAAAAGGAGCGCAGCGUCCAAGUCUGUUCCUUUUCAGCGAGGGUUAGUCCGUGUCAAUAAAAGAAAAAACAAACAAAACAAAAAAAAGAUCCACACGACUCUUGUCCCGUCGGCCAUUUAUAGAUGUUGUGAUCAUUGAGUUAAUCCAAUUUACGGUCAGCUCUCAAUGUAUAGACGCAUCCAUCUCAUUCCUCCCUACUAGUAAACCCACACAGCGUACAUCCUCCGGUAACAUGAUGAUGUCGGAGAAACAGACUGCGCUACGUGUGGAGAGGAGCGAGCGCACAGUGCACGCCACCAUCAAUUAGUCGGGAAUCUUAGCUGUGCCAAGUGGAGCGCCUGUGAGGGUUAGGGGUCUGUUGUAACCACGACGCAGGUGAUGCGUCAUGGACAUCGAAAAAGGAGAACAUCUAUAUGGAAAGCCCUGUGGCCUCAAUCAUUGCUCUGUUUCACUUCUGUUCCAAUUCCUUUUGUGCACAUGAGAAAUAAAUUCUUUUAUAUGUCA